AUGGGUGAAAUCAAAUCUCUAGCAGAUGAAUUGGUAGUGACAGGCUCCCCUCUUACCAGUGAGGAAUUGACAAUCAAAGUUCUUAGUGGUCUAGGUCCAGAAUACAAGGAAAUCUUAGCAGCCAUCCGAGCCCGAGACAUACCCAUCAGCUUUAAAGAACUAUAUGACAAACUACUUGAUCAUGAAGUAUUCCUUAAACAUAAAGAUUCCAAAAAGGAACAACUCACUAUCACUGCUCAACUUAACCAGAGAAGCUCCUCGAAUAAUCGACCACGUGGCAACAACUUCAAUAGCAACCGCAUGCCUUCCUCUACGACCGGACUAUUGGGCAACCAACACAAACAACAAAAUGGAUAUCCACCAAAGCAAUCCAAUAAUCAACGGGAUUUGAGAAUGGGGGCAUCACUUCUUCAAGGCCAGAAUAACAGGGAUCUCUAUGAAUGGCCAUCACCACCUUCCACUCAAUUCGCAAUUUCAACCAAUCGUCCACCAUUGCAUCUGUGGCAUGCUCGCUUUGACGGGGUUCCGGAGGCCUUGGGUGCGAAUCAGAUUGGAAACGGAUCGAGUUUGGACUUUGAGGAACUGUUGAAGCUUAAGGCUUCUGGUACGAUCGCACCUGCGAGGUGCGGGGAAUUUACCGCACCUGCGGGCUCGCAGAUGCGGGCGAAGAAGUGCAGAAGUGGAAGUGGUCUGGGGCUGGAUGAUCGUAGGUGCGGGUGUUGUAGCGCACCUGCGAAGCCGUAG